AGUAGUAGAUCGCGCCGGCAUUAUCAGGCAUUUUCCUUCAAACGAUCUGCAUUCAGUUGUUUCUAGCUUAGUGAGAAAUACAGAUUACUCCCAUCGGUCAGAAUGAGAAUUUUAUGGGAAUAUUCAGUUGUAGUGCUUUAUGUAAUCAGCUUUCAACAUACCUUACUAGCGGCCACCUACGGCUGUACGGACCAAUAUAAAACGUAUUGCGUAAUCGAGAACGUAACGUCGGAGACUUUUCCCAGUUCGACCUUUCCAGAGGAAAAAUCACUGCUCAUACAGAACAGCACGAUACCGGAAUUCGGCGGGGAGCACUUCCGUCAGCUACCAACUGUGGAAAAUCUAAUGAUACAUCAUUUGAAAAUCGAAAAAUUAAACCUGUCUACGUGCCCUCUGUUGACAACACUGUUCGCAAGCUAUAAUCACAUUUCCGAGCUCGACGUUGCCGAAGGAUUGGCCCUACGUAAUUUACACAUUUACCAGAACAUGCUUACGAACGUAAGUGCGCUGCGUGUUUUAUCCGAACUGGAACAAUUAUACCUACACGAUAAUCUACUGGAAGUACUGGAUAUGGGCACUUUCGCCGGAAUGAAAAAUUUAAAAAUCCUGACACUCCACCGAAAUCUUCUGACAGCCAUUGACACAAAACAGGCCGUCAACUUACCGAGUUUGGAGUCACUAUUUCUGCAGCACAACAAGCUGGCAUACUUGGAUACUGGUUUGUGGAAAAUGGCAGCCCUCCGGAAGCUUGACCUAAGUUCGAACGAGUUUGGCUUUCUGUUUACGUUUCUGGAAGAAUUUCCUGCACUGCAAACGCUGGAACUGCACGAUAACAAGUGGAACUGUGCUUGGCUAAGCAAAAUGGUUGAUCGGUUGGAAAGUCGCGGAAUUCAACAUUCCCAGGUGGAUGCCGCCUGUGAAGGUGUCCUGUUCGGAGGUGUUUGUUGUCUCACCGACGGCGCUAGUCCGGAUCCGAUGAUGCUGCUGAUCAGUAGAACCGCUAUCGUGGACGACCUACACGACCAGCUGGGAAACCAACGACGGAAGGUGGAAGAUUUGGAGGAAACUCAGCGAAAGCAGAACCACAAGUAUGAUGAGAUGAAACGGAAAAUCGAUCAAUUGGACGCUCUUUGUCGGAAUGAAUUAUAAGUGCUUUUGGAUUAAAUUAACUAAAGUAUUUUAUUUCGUAAAUCACUCAUCAAUAAGCGAAAUUUCAUCAAGGAUCUUGAAAGCAAUUCGUACGUUUUCAUGCACUACACUGACUUCGUUCCGCAAUAGUUGGUUCACUCUUUCCAACUCAGCAAAAUGUUUGUGGAAAGCCUCGAUACGUUCUCGUUCGGUUUUAAUUUGAUUUUUCAAAUCAACACUAGAUAGGUGGUUUUUCAACUGUUG